UUCAUAAAUCAGUACGUCUGCUCUUUAGUUAGCACGCGGUUGGCAUUGCCGAUCAUAAUAAUUUACGAAUCAUUAUUAUAGAAAUAUUUUUAUAUUUUAACUUACGCAACAACAAAAGGUGUUGCCUAUCACUGAAAAUGACUUUGUUCUUCGGAGAAAAAAGUUACGUUUGCUGUGUUUUAAUGACGCAUUGAGUUUCUUAUUAUUGAUGAUUUAACUAGGAGCAGAAGAUUAAGAAAGUAUGAAGUUGCUUAAAUCAGGGGUAUGUAGACAGUUCUACGCCACAAUAGCCGCGUCUAUGUCGAUAUUCAUCAGCGGCAUGUGGCUCGGAUGGCCCAGCUCGGCGUCGGACAAGUUCAUGAAGCACGAGACGGACAUCGACAUCAGCUACGCGGAACUGUCGUGGGUGGUGUGCAUGAUGGACCUGGGCAACAGCAUCAGCCCGCUGUUCGCCGGUUACCUGAUGGACAAGAUCGGCCGGAAGAGGACCAUCGCCGUGCUGGGACCGCUGUUCAUCGUGUCGUGGUCGCUGCCGCUGUUCGUGUCCACCGCGUGGGCGCUGUACCUGGCCCGGCUGAUGGGCGGCAUGGGCAAGGGCAUGUCGUACACGGUGGUGCCGGUGUUCCUGGGCGAGAUCGCGGACGUGAACAUCCGCGGAGCGCUGGGCACCGUGUUCACGGUGCAGCUGAGCAGCGGCGUGCUGUUCGAAGUGAUCGUCGGGCCGCACGUGUCGUAUCGCACGCUGAACGCUGUGUCGGCCGUGGUGCCGGUGCUGUUCGCGGUCAUGUUCGUGUGCGUGCCCGAGUCGCCAUACUACCUGCUGAAGAAGGGCCGCCGCGAGGACGCGGGCGUGGCGCUGCGGUGGUAUCGAGGGCACCGGGAGGGUGGCGUGGACGCGGAGCUGCGCAUGAUGGAGACGAACGUGCGCAAGGACAUGGAGAACCGGUCGACGUUCCGCGAGCUGUUCACCAACCGGAAGAACUUCAGCGCGCUCAUGGUGGUGGUGACGGCGUGCGUGGCGCAGCGCGCGGGCGGCAUCAGCAGCCUGACCGCGUACUCGGCGCUCAUACUGCCCGAGCCCGCGCCCAUCAUCGGCAAGUUCGACUACAUCAUGGUGUUCUGCAUCGUGCUGGUGGUGGUCAACUUCGUCGGCAUGGCGCUAGUGGACCGGGUGGGCCGCAAGCCGCUGCUGCUCGUCUCCGAGCUCAGCCUGGGCGUGAUCAUCGCGCUGUUCGGGCUCUACUACUACCUGGCCGCGCGCGGCGUCGACGUGUCCGCGUACACGUUCUGGCCGUACGCGUGCCACCAGAUGUUCUCCGUUAUGUUCGGCAUCGGCAUCGGGUUCAUACCGGUCGUGUACCUCGGCGAGAUGUUCCCCGUCAACAUCCGCUCGCACUGCUCCGCCAUCGCGUCCGUCACGCUCGCCACGUCGUCGUUCGUCUCCAACAAGAUGUUCCUGUUGGUGUCCAACGCGUACGGGUACCACAUCAUGUUCUGGGGCUUUGCGGCCGUCAACUUCAUAUGCGCGGGCUUCGCGUACCGGUACGCGAUCGAGACCACCGGCAAAACGUUCUUGGAGAUCCAGGAGACGUUGGAGCGCAGCGUGGCCCGCGGCACCAGCAGCGAGGCCAAGAUCAAGGCGACGACAAAGCAGCUGAACGACCUGCUGUAGCAAAACACGCGCUUGAGAACUGCGUUCUCUCGAACCGUACAUAUUAUCGUUACACGUGUACAUACACAUAUAUUAAAUUAUUAAAUUGUUUCCGAAACAAAAAAAAAAAAUGGUGGAAACGGACACCGAUCGAACGGUUUUUUUUUUGAUCGGAAAGACGUGUUAACGUGCAACUCCGCGGUCGUGCACGUAUUUAUAUGUACAUUGUUUAUUUAGUCUUACGUUUUACAUGUUCAACGACUGUUGAAAUGUUAGUACUAGAACUCGUUGAUUUAGUUAAUUAAAAUCGUAAAUUAAUAUCUACAAUUCAUACAGUACCUACAAAGAGCAUAGGUAUAACCAUUGAUUUUAGAAUAUAUUCUAAAAUCAAUGGUAAAACGUGGCGGUAUAGUACAUCUCGGCGUAGCCAUUUCGGCCGUUAACCAUUUUGGCGUGCAUUCAAUUUUUUUAGAUUUAUAUUUUUUUAUUUGAUUUUUAAAUCAGACAACUAUGCCGAGGCAGCCGCCAACAUACGACUUAAUUUACAAACGAGUGUGAAGCAUCCAACCUUAUGGAUAUUCAUUUCUUGUUUGAGAAAAGUACAAUCUGGACGUGAUACAUUUUAUAAUCAAUUAAAAGCUGGAAAAUGUCCCCCACGGAAAAAUAAGAAUUAUAUCGAUGUAGAUAAAAGAAUAAAAAAACUUGUAAAUAAUUAUAAUAAUAAUAAUAAUUAUAAUAAUUAUGACAUCAUUAGUUUUUUUAAAGGGGAUAGCCUAUAAUAUUAGUUGUCAUUAGUUUAUUUUAAUUUUAUUUGUAUUAGGUUAGAUAUGUAAAGGGAUAAUCAUUAUUUUCAUUAUUAUUGUCGGCCGAUGCCGUAUCGCAUAAUAUAAUUUACACAAUUAUCAUUUAUGUAGUGCGUUUAAAAUCAUAUACUAUACCGGCAUACAGCACGUUUAUAAUAAAAAUCAAAUUGAAGAAUAUAAGUCUAGGGGAAUUGAAUGCACGCCGGAAUGGGUUCACGCCAAAAUGGUUUACGCCGAAAUGUUAGGGUCCAAUAACGUAGUGAUCGGUCCCAAAACGGUGCAAUGGAAUACAGAGCACGUGUGCUAUUAAUUUGCAUACUCUUUCGCCGUCAUAUAAGUAAUUUAUGAUGCACAAAUAAGUCGAUUUUGCGUUAGUCUUAGCUUUUCAAAAUAAAUGUCAAACCUUCAAAGCUAUUAA